AUGGCGCCGUUCCUGGCGGCGGUCGCGCUGCUCGCCUUGUUGCCCGUAUCGGAACAAGGCCCCCACGAGAAGCGUCUUCUGAACGCGUUGCUGGCGUCUUACAAUACGCUGGAGCGGCCAGUCGCCAACGAGAGCGAGCCGCUGGAAGUCCGCUUUGGACUCACGCUGCAACAGAUCAUCGAUGUGGACGAGAAGAAUCAGCUACUUAUAACCAAUAUAUGGCUGUCAUUGGAAUGGAAUGACUACAACUUGAGGUGGAACGAAAGCGAAUACGGUGGUGUGAAGGAUCUAAGGAUAACACCAAACAAGCUCUGGAAACCGGACGUCCUCAUGUAUAAUAGGUGA